AUGGUGCUACCACGUAAUACAUUUAAACAUCUUUGUUUUCAGCGUGCCACAAUGUACGUUGCUAUAUCAGCGAUUAUACUUUGUAUUUUUAAUGGAAUAUGCAUGUGCCUAGGGGUGUAUACCGUCAACUUUGCGCUCGAUGUUAUCAUACUUAUUCUUAAUGCCGUUUCGUCUCUUAUGAUUUUCUAUGCUUUAUAUUGUGAAAAGGCUAUUUUUUUACUUCCAUUCAUCAUUAUACAGGUCUUUCAAUGUGCGGGAUUCUUCAUGUUGGCUAUAUAUACUUUAGUUUUUACGCUUACUUACAAAAGGCAAACAUUUAAUAGAAAAUUUGAUCAAAUACUUAUGGUAAUCAGCAUAUUCAUAGGAAUAAUACUUGCUGGUUGGGCUGUAUGGGUUACAACUAAAUGCUAUCACUAUUUAAGGAGAGAAAAAAUUACGACUGUAUAUAACGAACGGAAACCUAGCUUUUGGUGCUAA